AUUUUAUUUUAUCAAUUUAUUAUUUUAUUCUCAUUCUACGUGACUUUACCGAAAGAACCAGUGGCGUUUUGCAAUCAAUUGCAGAGAUGCGCCCUUCUCUAUACCACAGAUGUUAACAGGUUACGCAAAAUCGAGGCGAGCGCCCCGGGCCCCACGCUUUGGGGGGCAGGGGGGGGCGCGCUUCCACGUCACGAUGUCAGAUGUCAUACUACCGAGGGGGUAGGUGGGGGGGUUGGUGUCCACGUGCUUGAAGCGUUGUGUCAGAUUAUCUAACCACGUGUUGCACUCCCCCCACCCCACGUGGAUGCACUCCUGCACCUUUAAACGAUCGUUUUUACAUUCUCCAAACCGCAUAAGCAACGACCUCGGCGGGGGGUGGGGGGAGGGGAUGUAAAGGCCAUCUCUCAUUGGUGGAACCGUGCCCCCGCCCCCUUUCUCCGUCCCGCCCCCCCUACCCCGCCUCCCUUACGAGCCAAUCAGAAGCGCGGCACUCGUGCGGACUCCGCCAAUCACGCGACGCCACUGCCAUUGCGGUCUGGAGUAUCUAAACGGCGCUGCUUGGCCACGUCCAUUGCGAGGCGCCGCGCUUGUGCGUCGGCGGUGUGGUUUUGUGUCGCGGUGAUUUUUGUUGUUGUUGUUGUGGUCGUAUCUCGUUUUAAUUCGGAGCAUGGAUUUGUUGCUGGACGCGGCGAACUUCAGCACGCUGCUGGUCAGCAUGGUGCUCAAGCUGCCGCAGAUCGUGCUGCUCGUCAAUAGCAGGAGCUCGCGCGGACUCAGUCUGCCCAGCCUCUUCCUGGAACUCAGCGGGUUCGUGAUAUUCCUCGCGUACCAGAUGUACUACGGCUACCCGGCGCCCACCUACUUCGAGUACCCGAUCCUUGUGAUCCAAGAUUUGCUGUUGCUGCUGCUCGUACUGUAUUACAAUGGAUACCUGGGCCUCAGCAUCAUUUUCUACGCCUCCUUAUGUCUGGUCGCGAUCAAGGUCAUAACGCUCAAGGACUGGAUUAUAGAUAUCUGCAUGGCUUGCUGUACAAUGGUAGGUGUCGGUAGUAAACUGGCUCAGCUCGGAAGCCUCUGGAAGAGCCAGGACUCGGGGCAGCUCAGCGCCGCCACUUGGGCAAUGGCCAUGUACACAAGUGCAGCCAGAAUUUUCACAACAUUCAUGACGACUCAAGACUUUGCCGUGCUGCUGAGAUUCACGCUCAUGCUGCUGCUCAACUUCUGGGUUCUGUGCACCAUCAUUCGCUUCCGCAACAAGCGCAAACUCGAGUAGACGACCCUCGGACCCUCGGGAGCGCCGCCUCUCACACUCCCAAAACCACCAACCAAAUCUCGAAGUGGCGUAUACUCUGUCGAUGAUGAUCCACGCGUAAGGUACCCCACUGAUUGACAUCGACAGCCUUGCCGUCUUGUCAACAGGUGAUUGAAUAUAUUGUGUUGUGAAAGCGAUUGCUUUGUAUAUUAGAGGGGGGGGGGGGGUUGAAAGGAUUUAUAAGUGUAUUAGUGGGGUAUCUAUAAAGAGACCACCCUGUACUCACCUCUGACCAAAUCGCCCAGGAAUGCGCCCACAUUAAUCGGAUCUCACAAGCUUUGCAGAGUUGAGCCUGCCUGUAUGGUGCGCGGAAGGACGACCAUGGUGCACGGCAGCAGCGUGUUGUAGGCUGUGGGCCAACGUGUUGGGCAGCAGAGGCCUGUGCAGGAAAUCCCAUUGUUGUACUGUACUUAUUUUCUCCCACGUCCACGCCUUCCCUCUGUUCACCAAUUUGCACUGACCAUCCUUGUUGAGGUGUGACCAAAUAACCCUCAUUUACCCAUUGGUGGGGAGACCCUUACCCAGCAGUGGAUUGACGAAAAGGACUGCAAAUGUCUACAUAUAUAACUGAGCAACACCCCACUGAGGUUAGAUCGAAGCAUACAUAAUACAUUCCAUACAAUGAGAGCAAAGCCAUGCGUUGCCAGUGACUGAACCCCAAGUAACAUUCCAGAUCUUUCUCUGACAUCCUUAAUGGAUCCGUCUUUUUCUUCCAGUGUACACUCCAUUGUAAAACAUCGUGUCCCGAUAUUUUUGUGAACUAUCCAUGAUGUGUACCUGUUACAAAUGCCCCUUUUAAAAUGCACGUGAAUAAAGUAUUUUUUAACUUUUCUAAAAAUGUGUUGGAACCAUGUUUGAAGAAUUGGCAAUUAUUGUGACAAUAGACAUUUUAUAAGUGCAGAAGUGCUUUUAUGGGAUAAAAGUACACAUUACAUUGGGAUUAGAGAAGAUAUGGGAUUGGCUAUAAAUACUUAUUGAUAAUCAUGGGCUCAAGGCACACUUUGUGAAAGGAUUUAGAACUGACGAGAUAAAAACAGACGAUGGAAUAUGCUAAUUUCUGGGAGGCUCAACUGGGAAAUGUGGCGAGCUCUUACUGCCUCCUUCAGCCCCGCCCAUUGUUGACAUAACCACGACCACUCAAGCACUAGCCCGGCCGACUCGACAAAUAGCCUCGCUCUUGUUAACGAUGGCCCCGCCUGCCGCUCAUCAGCCGCAACCUACUCCUCAGGUAGCCCUGCCAUUUGGCCAAAUCAUAAAGUCAGAACAUUUUAAACCUUGGUAUAAAAUCUUUAAAUUCACACAGGCUUUGGAGGUCGAACACUGUGCCAGACAUUUUCAGAAAUCGCAGAGACUGCCUUGACCAAUCCAGGACAUUUACCUUGAAAAUGUUCCGAGAUACGGUGCAUUCAACACAAACCCGAGCCACAAGUCUAAUUCCCUGAAAAGAUGGUAAUUAUAUCAGCAGCUCUUAACUGUUGCAGAACGACCUAGCAAUCCGUCUCGCAUCUGCUGCAGGCACACGAGCCGGGAUCUCAUUGCUCCGUCUUUAUGCGUGCAACGGUCGCCACAACGCUCACGCCUCGACUCAUCAAUCUCGCGCCCCCUGCCGGCCGAUCUCAAGCAUUGAAACUCCCAUCUGAACUCUCCAUCGUCUUGCGCUCCUUUAACUUAAGAGGAGCGGGGGGGGGGAACGACACGAAAUCGAAACGGAGCUAUUUUGUUAAGUUCAAAGUUGUUGGUGAUACUCCGUUUAAUGUACUAUGAAGAAGGGUCAUUGACCGAAACGUCGCCGAGUAUAUAUUUCCCCUUUUAAGGCCAGUGUCAUUGAAGAACGUGUCGAGUUAUUUUUUUGUCAUUCGUGACCUACAUUCAACAAGCAUGCACAUUAUUGGUAUGCUUUGUAUUAUUUAACUUUGAGGCUUUGUAUUAUUUAACUUUGAGUCCAACUAAGACCCCAAAUCUAACAGGUAAAGCCCUUGCCUAUAACAUAUGGCAGUUCACCAGCACUGAUUUAAGUAAGCCUGGACUUUGCAGAUGAGACACUAUAUGUCGAAAUCGGUCCGGAGUUUUGCUUGUCGAGAACAAGUACUUAAUGCUGCUGAAAUGAUGCUACUCCCAGAAGGAAAGCCGUUGGAACGACAGGAUGUGUAAAAAAAAAAACAGGAAUUUGAAAUCGGGGAGUAUCGAUGAGGUACACUUUGCGUUACAGCUGUAAAUCCACUGCUGGAUGGGGGUUUCCCCACGCCGUGCGGGUUGAAGGUGAGAAGUAUGGUAAAUCUACUUUCCUCCGUUGAUCAUAACAUUGAAAAUACAUGUAAUUGCGAGACUAACAAAGAGCAGAGAUAAGAAUUGAUGGGAUGAACACAUUGACGAGAACAAGUGAGGCCUAGGUGCUUGUCAUGGAACCAACGGGUACCUCAACUGUAUUUCGUUUGUAACCUUUUCCACGCAAGUUUCAUUUGUUAUGUUACAUACUGAAAUAAUUUGGACAUUCAACUGUACAUUUAUAACAAGUAUGCGCGGACUAAUGGUAGAAAAUACAAAUGUGACUGCAAUACAAAAAAGUUGUAAAGAUACACACGUGCCCACGAAUCCGUUCCAUGGCCGCAUUGCAGUUAAUCGAAUGAAGAGUUGGAGUUUUUUUAAUGGAAAACAAACUGAUAACAAAAGGUCAAAUACGAAUGUCUAAAACAAAAACACAAUUGCAGUGCGUAUUAGUUACGAUUGCACAUGGACCAGUAACAUUUACUUUAAAAAGGAGGAAAAAUAUCUGAAAGUGCAGAGAUGCACUCACGAAAAUGAUACAUUUAUUAUCAGGCAGUUAGGCAGCAUACAUCACUAAGAUGUGUGUAAGCCAUCUCGCUUACGUAUAUGUACACACACAAAUACGCUUUUCAAUUAAG